AUGCCGUCGCGCACUCGCCAAGCUCCUGCUGAGGAGGCCGAGGAGGAAUCUGGCCUUCGUAGCUUGUCCUUCAAUCAGCCAUUAUCAUGGCGCGUGGGGCGCUCGGCUAUCCCGAUCGCUGAUCUACUUGAACGUCUCCAGACUCUCUCCGCAGAGCUUCGACAGGGCGAACAGGAGGAAAUUGAUAAAGAAUCAAUGCGAAAGGUGUCCCAAGAACUCGCCAGCGCUCAUCUUCUUGCACACAAGGAUAAAGGUGUCCGAGCCUGGGCCACAGCCUGUCUGGUGGAUAUCUUGCGACUAUGCGCUCCGGAUGCGCCUUUUACUAUGAACCAGCUGAAGGAUAUCUUCACCUGUAUCGUGACUUCCAUUAUCCCCGCACUUGCCGACCCUUCCAAUGCCUAUAAUGGACAGCACACAUAUGUCCUGAGUUCUCUUGCAGAGGUCAAGAGUAUUGUUCUCAUGACUGAUCUUGAUCACCCGGAUUCUCUGAUUGUUCCCCUGUUUACCGCAUGUUUCGACAUCGUUUCUGGAUCCUCAAAGUCCUCCACUGGUGAGGAAGUAGCUAAGAAUGUGGAAUUCGACAUGACUCGAGUUCUUGUGACAGUGAUUGACGAAACACCUGUCCUUGCUGCAGAGGUGGUGGAUACAAUUGUCGCUCAGUUCCUCCGGGUAGAUCCCCGAGUCUUGGAUAACCCUCGAAAGGCUAAGCGCGGCGAUGCACCUGUCGAUGCUAAGCAGGGCAACCUUUUGAUGAAGGAGUACCCACGAGCCUACAAUAUGGCCAAGGCAGUCUGUCAGGCCUGCCCGGAGCGAAUGACGAGUCACAUCAGCCAGUACUUCAACAAUGUUAUUAUCGAUGCAUCUGCCCCGACCGGACAAGCCAAUGGAUCGAAGAUUGGAUCCCGCAGGCCAAACCUCGAUGAUUCUGAUGAAGAGGGCGAGGACAUCAAAGAACUGAGCAAGGCACACCGUCUGAUUCGAGAGCUCUGGCGAGCAUGCCCGGAAGUCUUGCAGAACGUGAUCCCGCAGAUCGAGGCUGAACUUUCUGCAGAGUCAGUCGCUCUCCGCCUGCUGGCUACUCAAACAAUUGGUGACCUCGCUGCUGGAAUUGGUGUUGCUGGACCACCUUCACCACCACCUAUGGACCCCGCCGCCUACCCUCCUGUAACUCUGGAGGAAUACCCACAGACGAUUCCGCAGCCUAAUGUUCUUCUCACACCGGUAUCACCAAAGCCAUUUUCUCAAGUACAUGCUUCAGCUUACGAAGCCUUUUUGAGCCGACGAAUUGAUAAGACUCCUUCAGUGCGUGCUGCAUGGAUCACGGUGGUAGGUCGGAUUCUGUUGACUUCUGCUGGUGGUUCUGGCUUGAGCGAAACUGAGGAGCAAGGACUUGUUCAAAACCUUGCUUCGAUGCUUCGCGAUGCUGAUGAGAAAGUCCGUGUUGCUGCUGUGGAUACCGUCGGACAAUUCGGGUAUACACAUGUCAUCCAUAAGCUUGGCUUGAAGGGUGGCUGUUCAUCGCCGGACUCCAUAUUCUCAAUUCUCGCUGAGCGUGCCAAGGAUCGCAAGCCCCAGGUGCGAGAACAUGCAAUGAAAGUUUUGGCUCGGAUGUGGGCUGUUGCGGCUGGAGAUAUUGAGCAGAACAUCGAACCUGUUGCGUCUUUGCUCAAAGAUGUGCCGACCAAGAUAUUUGAUGCGUUUUACACAAACGACCAGGAUAUCCAUGUCUUGAUUGAUCGGGUCAUGUUCGAGGUUCUUCUUCCACUCAACUAUCCACCUGUCAAGUCCAAAUCCAAGAGUGGAUCCAGUCAAUCUCAGAAACAGAAAGACAGUCAGCCACCUGAUGCGGAUGAAGAGAUUGAUCUCGAUAAAAUUCGCGUCCGUCGUAUCUUGACUCUACUUCGGGGUCUCGAUGACAAGGCUAGACGGGUUUUCUUCGUCAUGCUAGCCCGUCAGCUUUCUAUGAGAUCUGCUAUGACACUCUAUCUAGAAGCAUGCGAGAAAUACAAUGGAGGUGUGGUUGACAAAGAUGAAGAGCUGGUUAAGAAUGGACUUUCUCGAGUUAUUGAUUCGCUGUCCAAGACAGUCCCUGAUGUGGCACGCGCAUCUGCCGAUUUAUGGAAAUUCGCCAAGACACAUGAUCGACGCAGCUACCAACUCAUCCGUUUCGCUAUGACUGCUGUCAGUGAUUACCGCACAGUGACCAAGGCUAUCAAGGAGCUCCAGCGACGUGCGCAGGCUGCCAACAACGUCCCAUUGCUCGACACCAUCAUGCCUCUUCUGUACCGCAGUGGCUCUUUGAUCUUCAACCGUAGUCAUAUCCCGGCAAUCAUGAGUUUAUCUCGAACUGAUGAGAAUGGCUUGGCUAAUGCUGCCCAAGAAAUGCUGAAACAGAUUUCGACUCAGAAUCCGGAGGUUCUGGAGGCUCAGGUUCAAGAAAUGUGCAAAGACAUUGAGUCGCAAGCUCCCAAGGCGUCAUCACCUGGAGAGGCUAAUAGUGAGGAGAUUCUCAAAGCUUGCGCUGGAUUUGCUAAGAAGCUUCCCGAGAAAUUACCCAAGGAGCGCAAAUUCUACCAAGCAUUGACAAAUUAUGCUCUGUACAGCCCUUCGCCACUGUCUGCCAAGCAUGCUGUUUCAAUUCUCAUGGCUACUUCCGAGCGGAAGGAAAUGUAUGCGAAGGACUUGAUUCAAAAAUGUGUCAAGAAAUGGACCUAUGGAUCUGAGCAUUUCCUUACCCAACUCGCUGCCUUGUCCCAGUUGAACCUGCUCGCACCGCGCCAAGCUGAUGAUGAAAGUGAUGCCAUUAUCGCAAUCGCAGUCAAUGAGAUUCUCUUGAAGAACCGCAACCCCGAGGAGGCGCCGCAAUACCAGUGGUCUGAUACAGUUGAUGAGGAAACUCAAGCCAAGGAAUGGGCCCUUAAAAUAAUCGUCAACCGUCUCCGGGCUAAAGAUGGCUCCGACGACGAUGAUGACUUCCGUGCACAUGCUGAACCCGUCUACGAGACUUUGAACAAACUGGUAGCUGGAGAAGGCGAGCUUUCUAAAAAAAAGGAUACUCCUGCCACGCAAAAGUCCCGAUUGCGCUUGUUGGCUGCAAAGUCGCUUGUCAAGCUCUGUGCAUCCAGUACUCUAUGCGAUCACCUCUUGACUCCUGUGGAUUUCAAUGCGAUUAGCUUGAUGGCCCAAGACCCCCUUCUACGAGUGCGGACCGCCUUUAUCACCUACCUUCAGAAACAACUGGUGAAGCGGACCCAACUUGGAUACCGUUGGUACAUCGUACCUUGCUUGGUUGCCUAUGAGCCCGUCCCGGCAUUGAAGGACAACACCCAGGUGUGGCUCCGAUCCCGCGCCACGUAUUUUGCACAGCAGGUCCAGGCCAGUGGCAAGCGAACCGAACAGACCAUGGUCAUGGAAUUGAUAUUUUCCCGUCUUUUGUCUCUGCUUGCCUAUCACCCUGAUUAUCCGUCCGACGAUCUCGACGAAGCGACGAAAUUCGCUGAUUUAAGUGACUUUUCCCGAUACAUUGUCUUCUAUUUGUCCGCUGUUGCCAACGAGCACAACCUGUCCCUGAUUUUCCAUGUUGCUCAACGUGUCAAGCAGUUCCGUGAUGGGAUCACCAACUCAGACGGGGUGUCUACACGUCUUCACACUCUCUCCGAUCUGGCCCAAGCUACAAUCCGACGAUUCGCUGAUAUCUACUCCCAGCAACACAAGUUUGGAGGUGGUAGUGGAAGCACAAAUAUCUUGCAGACGUACCCGGGUAAGAUGGGUGUCCCUAGCUCCCUCUUCAGCACAAUGGGCAGUCACCAAGAAGCCCAAGAAGUUGCGGACAAGAACUUCCUUCCUGAUGAAGUGGAUGAUAUGCUUGACCGUAUUGUCCGAACGGCAAUGAAGACUAAGAGCGUAUCGCAAAGUCUGCACGGCUCAGCUAAGAAGAGAAAACCCGAGGCUUCUGAUUCAAACGGAAAUGCAUCGGCGAAGAAAUCUCGCAAAGAGAAAUCUUCUCGACCCGGUCGCAAAUCAAUUUCAUCGGUCGGUGCUUCUGUCAAGACUCCUCAACGUAAGCGCAAGGGCGAUGAUGACUGGUCUUCUGAUGUUGGUGCGGAAAGUGUAUCCGCCUCUGCUCGUCGACGUAGCAGCCGAGGCGUCGCUAAGGUCCAAGUGAGCUACGCAGACAAGGACAGUGACGAGGAUGACGAGGAGAUGCAAGGGUGGGACCACGCAAAGGAAGAUGACGGCGAUGUCAAAGUGAAGGAUAAAAAUGAGGAUGAGGAAAUGCAAGAUGAGAGUGAGAAUGAUGAGGAGCAAGAAGCAGAGAACGAUGAUGAGAAUGAGGAUGAGGAGACUGAUGAACCUGCACAGGCCAGUGAGAAAGAGAACUCCCCUCCUCCGCCAAAGCGUGGCAAGAAAGCACCCGAGCCUAAGAGCAAGACUCCUCGUGGAAAGAAAGCAGACAAGCCCGUCACAACCACUCUCCCAACUCGUCGAUCUUCCCGUCGUGGUUAA